AUGCAUUACUUGGGUAUGUUUAGUAAAGCUGGAAACAUAUUUAGGCAGCCUAGAGCGAUGCAGGCCACUAACGCAAUGUUACAGGGCAAUCUUUCUUUGACUCCUUCCAAAAUCUUUAUUGGAGGUCUCUCACAAACUACUGAUGUGGAUCUCUUGAAAGAAGUUUUUGGCAGAUUUGGAAAAAUCGUUGAUGCCAUAAUGGUAUCGGACCGUGAAACUGGUCUAUCGAAGGGGUUUGGUUUCGUAACAUAUGAUUCAAUCGAUGCUGCUAAUAACGCAAUUCAAUAUAUGCAUGAUCAGGAAAUUGAUGGGCGAAUAAUUAGAGUGGACCAAGCUGAUUCAGGAGGCGGUGGUCGUGGUGGUGGUUUUGCCAGAAGGGGAGGUUUUGGUGGUGGUCGUGGUGGAUACGGUCGUGGUGGAUUCGGUCGUGGAGGAUUUGGUCGUGGUGCUGGUGGCUAUGGCUUUGUUCGUUAA